AUGGAGAAAAAGAGCGGCGAGAAAGGUAUCUGUAGCGUGUCUGGCGACGAAAAGAAGGGUCCUCUCAUAGUAUCCGGGCCCGACGGUGCUCCGGCCAAGGGCGAUGUCCCUGCGGGCCUUGGGGCGCCCGGCGGCCGCCUUGCUGUGCCGCCUCGAGAGACCUGGACACGCCAGAUGGACUUUAUCAUGUCAUGCGUGGGCUUUGCUGUGGGCCUGGGUAACGUGUGGCGCUUCCCCUACCUGUGCUACAAGAACGGUGGAGGCGUGUUCCUUAUCCCCUACAUCCUGUUCGCGCUGGUUGGAGGAAUCCCCAUUUUCUUCCUGGAAAUCUCACUGGGCCAAUUCAUGAAGGCCGGCAGCAUCAACGUCUGGAACAUCUGUCCCCUAUUCAAAGGCCUGGGCUAUGCCUCCAUGGUGAUUGUCUUCUACUGCAACACCUACUACAUCAUGGUGCUGGCCUGGGGCUUCUAUUACCUGGUCAAGUCAUUCACCACCACUUUGCCCUGGGCCACGUGUGGCCACAGCUGGAACACUCCUGACUGUGUGGAGAUCUUUCGCCGUGAAGACUGUGCCAAUGCCAGCCUGGCCAACCUCACCUGUGACCAGCUUGCUGACCGUCGGUCCCCUGUCAUCGAGUUCUGGGAGAACAAAGUCUUGAGGCUCUCCGCGGGGCUGGAGGUGCCUGGGUCCCUGAACUGGGAGGUGACCCUAUGCCUGCUGGCCUGCUGGGUGCUGGUCUACUUCUGUGUGUGGAAGGGGGUCAGGUCAACAGGAAAGAUCGUGUACUUCACCGCUACAUUCCCCUAUGUGGUCCUCGUCGUGCUGCUGGUACGAGGGGCGCUGCUGCCUGGAGCCCUGGAUGGGAUCGUCUACUAUCUCAAGCCUGACUGGUCGAAGCUGGGGUCCCCUCAGGUAUGGAUAGAUGCCGGGACCCAGGUUUUCUUCUCUUACGCCAUCGGCCUGGGGGCCCUCACAGCCCUAGGUAGCUACAAUCGCUUCAACAACAACUGCUACAAGGACGCCAUCCUCCUGGCGCUCAUCAACAGUGGGACCAGCUUCUUUGCUGGUUUUGUGGUCUUCUCCAUCCUGGGCUUUAUGGCCACAGAGCAGGGUGUGCACAUCUCCAAGGUGGCAGAAUCAGGGCCUGGCCUGGCCUUCAUUGCCUACCCCCGGGCUGUCGCACUGAUGCCUGCGGCCCCACUCUGGGCUGGCUUGUUCUUCUUCAUGCUGCUGCUGCUCGGUCUGGACAGCCAGUUUGUAGGGGUGGAGGGCUUCCUCACCGGGCUCCUGGAUCUCCUCCCGGCCUCCUGCUACUUCCGUUUCCAGAGGGAGAUCUCCGUGGCCCUCUGCUGCGUCCUCUGCUUUGUCAUCGAUCUCUCCAUGGUGACCGAUGGUGGGAUGUACGUCUUCCAGCUGUUUGACUACUACUCAGCUAGCGGCACUACCCUGCUUUGGCAAGCCUUUUGGGAGUGUGUGGUGGUGGCUUGGGUUUAUGGAGCUGACCGCUUCCUGGAUGACAUUGCCUGUAUGAUUGGGUACCGACCUUGCCCCUGGAUGAAAUGGUGCUGGUCCUUCUUCUCCCCAUUGGUCUGCAUGGGCAUCUUCAUCUUCAACGUUGUAUACUACGAGUCGCUGGUCUACAACAAUACCUACGUGUACCCAUGGUGGGGCGAAGCCAUAGGCUGGGCCUUUGCACUCUCUUCCAUGCUGUGUGUGCCCCUCCACCUCCUGGGUUGUCUCCUCAGGGCAAAAGGAACCAUGGCAGAGCGCUGGCAGCACCUGACCCAGCCUAUCUGGGGCCGCCACCUCUUGGAGUACAGAGCUCAGGAUGCAGAUGUCAUGGGCUUCACCACCCUGACUCCAGUGUCUGAGCGCAGCGAGGUCGUCAUGGUGGAGAGUGUCCUGUGA